GUUUCAGCUAUAUACAUACUGUAUAUACUUUUAAUAUUGUAUCAGAUAUGUCAAGGCAGCUCAGUACGGCGAACAUCAUAUGAAAAGCAACCGAGAUGGAUCAGUGCGAGUGGAAAACUCAUCGUGAACACUACAUUUCUCUGGAUCUCUAGCACGACGAUCGUCAUGAAACGGGAACUUCAGGAAUGGAUCGUGAACAAUAGCUCCAUUGUGAAGCAAGCCAGUAAUUUCACCAUCUGUGAGCUGAAGGCACAGGUCAAGUAUGAAGACGAAAGCGAGAAAUUGCGACAGCUCACCCUAGGACCGAAGAAUGACGCUGAGGUCAAGACGGUGUUGUUACUGGGGGAAAGAGAAGCCGGAAAAACCGCUUUCUUCGAUGCACUCCUCAAUAUGAUAUUUGGCGUUGCUUUGAAGGACCCAGUGAGAGUCACGCUUGAGAACUCACUGAAUCAGCAAGGAAUACCUGUUCCAACCACAUAUGUGACGGAACUCACUAUUUACCACCAGGACGGAAUGCCUUACCCGCACAACUAUAGAGUGAUUGACACACCAGGACUGGACUAUAACUCAGGCCAGGCUGUCACGAACGACGGUGAACACUGCAUUAGGAAUUAUAUCACCAAUAAUUUCAUAGAAUAUGUUAACUCUGUCGGAAUUAUCUGGAGGCCUACGAAUAUCAGGCUUCACGAAAGAAAUCAAGGCCUUCUCUCAAAGGUCAACAAUCUUCUUGGAUAUGAUAUUAGGUACGUCACGGAUAUCCUCCUCACAUUCUGCUCAUUUGGUGAUAAUUCUGCCGCCGAGACCGUCAGAGAUUCGGGCAUUAAAUACAAGGGAGUUUUUAGAUUUGAGAAUGGACCUCUUUACUCAGAUCCUUCAGAAGCAAGGGAAAGGGAAAUACAUGAAAUUGAAUGGAACAUCAUGCAAGCAAGCCAUCAGGAGUUCCUUAAAGAAUUGAAUCAAAGAGAGAACAGGGGCCUACAUAUUACUUCCAGACUGAUCUAUCACCAAAGAGAAGUUGAGAAUUUGGAAGAGCAGCUGAAAUCUAAAGAGAAGGAGAAGAACCAGAUUUCAGAGGAUAUCAGUGUGCUCAAAGGCGAACAAAACAAUUUAAACGAUCAGAUUGAAAAAUUCAAACAAGAAGAGAGUAGUUUGCUCGUGAAGCGCCAAAACUCGUAUGAUUCACAUGGCACGAGGACUCUGCAGCAACCGCAUGAUUCAGGCGGCAAACGUAGCAGCAGUUUUUCAUAUUAUUGGAACAAGAUGGCCGGGACGAGUUCAAGGGAUAACCAGAAAGAACACUCCCACCAUGACUACAGACAACCCGAAGAUACGGAGAUGCUGCAGCUACAAAGGGAAAUUGAAAAACUUGAUAACGUUAAAAAAGAGAAAGACGAGGGUUUACGGAAUAAGCAGAAGGAGAAGGAAACUAUUGAAAAGAUGAUAACUAUUUUAUCGACAGAGCAGGAAAAAAGUAAAAAGGAAAUAGAAUGGCUGCGGCAUAACUGAUUCUCCAUUACACAAAUGCACAUGUUUUCCCAGGAUAUGUUAUUUACACAUGUAUUUGUAAAUAACAAGCAUGCACGCACAUACACACAAAUACGUACGCACACGCGUACACACACACACACACACACACACACACACACACACACACACACACACACACACACACACACACACACACACACACACACACGUGUGUGUGUGUAUGUGUAUAUAUAUAUAUAUAUAUAUAUAUAUAUAUAUAUAUAUAUAUAUAUAUAUAUAUAUAUAUAUACACGAAGAAUUAUUUAAAAAAUGUAAGGCUUGCAGAUGAUCGAGGUAUGGUUGCUGAAACGGAUUACAGAUAAUAAUGGACAGAGUAAAUGAAGUAUCACGAAAUAUGGAAUGAAGAUCAGUGUAAUAACAUGCAAAGAAGACGAAGGUUAUGGUCAUAUCUAGACAAGGUGGUAGAGUUAUGAAUACCGCUGUAAAUUGAAAAAGAACAGAACAAGUUCAGUUUUGUUAUUUUGGAUCAUGGAUAACUGAUGGUGGGAAAUGUGAUUCAGAUAUUAGAGCAGUGGCAAAGGCAGCUUUUAUUAGGAAUAUGAGUGAGUAUUAAGAAAGACGGUAAUCUGGAGUGUGCAUGGAUCAGAAACAGACAAUGAAAGCGACAUGAUUCAGAGAAUAGAGGCUUUGGAAAUGUUGGUUCGGAGAAGGAUGGAAGCUGGACAGAGAGGAAG